AUGUCUGACCCUGAGCCCUCUGCCGUGACAUUCUCGUCCUCUCCUCCCUCAACCCAGACCUCAGACUCCACCACGGCCUCCUCGAGUUACGCCUUUCUUGUUCACUCCCAAAAGACCUUGACGCAGAACCUCCCCCCGCGUGUGGACAACAAAUUGCUUGCGCGGCAGAAACGGCGUCGAACUAGUCCCGAAGAUUACGCGAUUCUCGAGGCCGAGUACCAACGCAAUUCGAAGCCGGACAAGACAACACGGGCCAACAUUGUCAGUCGUGUUUCUCUGGGCGAGAAAGAAGUUCAGAUCUGGUUUCAGAAUCGUCGCCAGAAUGACCGCCGAAAAUCAAAGCCUCUCCAGCCUCACGAACUACUUCCUUCGUCCCAAUCUGAUGAACUGAAGCCAGCCUCCGAUGACAGUAUACUUGCAGAGGGCUCCAGCGGGCUGGAGCAAAACAAUGACAAUUCGCUGGGUCAAUCUCAACAGUCAUCGAUACCCGAGGGUGAUUCGUUUGCAUCCGAGGGACAAGAGAAGGAUGAGCGAGACCAGGUUGGGGAAAGCUCACAAACGAGCAUUGCUACGUCCGAGUUCCCAGAACCCAGCCAACAAUCCGUGGACAACAACCUAGUUGAGCUGGACGUUGUUCAGACCACUGUCGACGCGUCCAACACCGAGCAACUCCAGAACUCGGCAAAGAGAAAGCGAUCUGGAUCAGACGUUGGAGCAACAAUCACAGAGUUGGCUUCUCCGAGCGUGCUCGAUACCCUCAAGUCGCCGCCAUCUUUGAGGUUGUCGCUCUCGUUUGACGGCGAAGCCAUGGUUCGUAAGCAAGGCGAAUUGACACCCUCACCACCAAGACGCGAUUCGCUUCGAAUCUCCAUGUCUGCAGACGGACAAGCAGUCAUCCGUGCCAAUGGCGAACCCUCACCGUCGAAGAACCGCAUCUCCAUGUUCUCCGCUCGCAAGCCUAGAGACAUCGGUCUUCGAAGGAGCAACAGCGCUGUUGGACUAAGCACACCUCGCUCACUCGAGAAAGAAACCUCCUUUGGCAGGUCGCGUGAUCCCCGAAACUGGGAGUCCCUAUUCGACACUGAUGCACGAAGCGCACUUGCCACGCCUUUUAGCUCACAGCGCACACCGAACUCUGCCUUACUGUCUACCGGCAAGCGCUCCCUGACAAGAAGCUUGUCUGCUAGACACUCCCUCCUCACGCCGAACUCCGACGUCCAGAGCACGCCCAUCACCCAAGCCAUGCGACAGAAGCGGCAGAAACUCUCUCGGACCGUCUCUUCGCUCGGACGGUUGGAAUCUGGACGCAGAGUUUUGGGCGAGAAAACACCAUCGACACUCAAAAACUCCAAGUCCGCCAAGGACGACCUCGACAUUGAAGCCGGCGACUCGGACAAGGAGAAUUGGAUCCCUGGUACUCGAGUAUCCCAUUCGCGUCGGCGUACAGUAUCCGAUCAGCGGCGGCCCGUCCUCAAGGAGGGCAACGGACGAGCUGGCCGGUCGCAGAAAGCUCAAUCAGGACGCUCGCGACUAUCGCAACCAUCACAUCGGAAGCCUAUCGGGGCCUCAAAAUCCAUGUCCGGUCUCGAUGGCGAUGUCUCUGCAUUCAUGGGCGGAAACGCAGCGAGCCAGGAAGAAGACCUGGAUUGCAUCCAAGGCCUGCUGUCUCUUAGCCAAGGCGCAUGGAGAUGA